AUGGCCGCGUCCGCCGUGUCCGUCUGCUCCAGCGACCUGAGCUACGGCAGCCGGGUCUGCCUGCCCGGUUCCUGCGACGCCUGCCCCGACUCCUGGCAGGUGGACGACUGCCCAGAGAGCUGCUGCGAGCCCCCCUGCUGCGCCCCCAGCUGCUGCGCCCCGGCCCCCUGCCUGACCCUGGUGUGCAGCCCAGUGAGCUGCGUGUCCAGCCCCUGCCGGCCAGUCUGCACCAGCACCUGUACGCCCUCGUGUUGCCAGCAGUCUAGCUGCCAGCCGGCUUGCUGCACCCCCUCCCCCUGCCAGCAGUCCUGCUGUGUGCCCGUGUGCUGCAAGCCCGUGUGCUGUGAGCCCGUGUGCUGCAAGCCCGUGUGCUGUGUGCCCGUGUGCUCUGGGGCUUCCUCUUCAUGCUGCCAGCAGUCUAGCUGCCAGCCGGCUUGCUGCACCUCCUCCCCCUGCCAGCAGUCCUGCUGUGUGCCCGUGUGCUGCAAGCCCGUGUGCUGUGAGCCCGUGUGCUGUGAGCCUGUGUGCUGCAAGCCCGUGUGCUGUGUGCCCGUGUGCUGCAAGCCCGUGUGCUGCAAGCCCAUGUGCUGUGAGCCUCUCUGCUCCGGGGCUUCCUCUUCAUGCUGCCAGCAGUCUAGCUGCCAGCCGGCUUGCUGCACCUCCUUCCCCUGCCAGCCGUCCUGCUGCCGCCCAGCCUCCUGCGUGUCCCUCCUCUGCCGUCCCGUGUGCAGGCCUGCCUGCUGUGCCCCCGCCUCCUCCUGCCAGCCCAGCUGCUGCCGCCCGGCCUCCUCUGUGUCCCUCCUGUGCCGUCCUGCGUCCUGCCCCCGCCCGGCUUCCUGUGUGUCCCUCCUCUGCCGCCCAGCCUGCCUGCGCCCGGCCUGCUGUGGCCUCUCCUCGGGCCAGGGGUCCAGCUGCUGA